ACCACAGAAAACAUUGAACGUUUAUAUUUAUAAUUCCUUCUUUUGACCUCUCGACAAACAGUGUUAGCAUUAUGUAAGAAAAUAUCAGCUUUGUUCCACCAUGGCGGGCGAAGGCACCUAUCAAUGGUCACUGGAUGACGACUCCCUCAAGAAAGCCGCCAAAGAACUGAACGAAGACAGUAAACAGAGAGCCUCUCAGAUCGACUCUCUGAGGACCUGGGUGAAGAAACAGCCACACCUAACUUCACGAACAGACGAUGCGUUCCUGCUGCGUUUCCUCCGCACCAGUAAGUUCAGCAUGUUAAGGGCCCAGCAGAUGUUGGACAAGUUUUGUACGGUCAGGUCGUCACAGGAGAAGGGCGUCCCCCUUUGGUUCAAUGAUUUGGACCCCGAGGACCCCAAAAUAUUGGAACUCUUGGAUAUCGGGACCUGCCUCCCACUGCCAGGGAGAGACGACCAAAAUAGGAAGGUUAUGCUAUACAGAACUGGUGCUUUCGAUCCAAAAGUCCACGACUUCUCUGACGUGAUGAGACUGGGGUUCAUCACCACAGACAUCCUCCUGAUGGACGAGCUGAACCAGAUCCACGGUUUUGUCAUCUUAUUGGACUUCUCGGAGUUCGGUAUGAGUCACGUGACCUGCUGGGGUCCAGAUACUGUCUCUAAGGCAAUGAUGUGCUGGCAGGAUUGCUACCCCACCAGGAACAAAGCAAUCAAUUACUACAACACGCCGACUUUGUUCAAUGUUGUCUUCGAACUGUUCAAAUUGGUGAUGAAAGAAAAAUAUAAGCAACGGCUUCAUUUCCACUGGAGCAGCCAAGAAUCGCUGCAUAAACAGGUUCCUCAGCGCAUGCUGCCAACGUACAUGGGCGGUACGGCAGGAACGCUACAGGAGAUCAUACAGGAUUGGAAAGUCCACGUACUCAAAAAUAAAGAAGAAAUCUCACGUAAUGCACGUUGUGCUGUGGACGAAGAAAAACGACCCGCUCCAGAAAAAGACGGCGGCGAGGGAGGCUGGGGGAUUGUUGGCUCGUUCCGAAAGCUCGCCUUGGAUUAGAACCAGGGACCAGCAUCGUUGCCAGGGACGCUCCAGUAACUUACACAGUAAAACUUACAUAACAGGCUUUUUCAGUAGCAAGCAAUGUAUGAUAUGCACUAGAAAGGGAAUUCUAAAGAACAAAGAAUGAACCGUACACGUUUUAUUUAGGCAAGAAAACAAUCUUAUUUACAACCUUUGUACGUUAACGGUUCAAUGGACUGUAAGAGAUCAGAGAUCUGUCAGAUUUGCGCGCCAAACUUAUUGCAAGUCGGUCUUUUGAUGAAGAAAUUUUGUCAAUGCCCGGUAUAAAAUGACCCUGGGGUUAAAGGCCGUUGCCUGUUCUGGAACUCAUGCACAAAUGCUACUCCUUGCCCUUUUGGCGGUGACAAGCCUAGAAAUAUUGGUUAUUAAAUAACAGCAGAUUUUUUUCUAUAGCAAGUGAGAAAUAACACUUUAUUGGACUCGUUACUUUUUAACUAUCAAAUAUGAAUCAGUACCCAAAGACUUGACUUUACUACAGUUCUUUCACGGUAUAUGCUUGUCAGUAACUCCUUUUAUGAGGCCAGUGAGACAGGAAUGGUGGUCCUAGGAAUGGAAGUCCGGAGUCCUACAUGAUAAGUACAGGUUAGGGUUAGUCGGAGUAUUGAGGUUAGUAUAUAGAACGAAUGUCACCUAUUCAAAGUAAUGGAGAACGAAUUGCGGUUCCUAGCGGAAUGUCAUCCCUGUCACACUGGGUUAAUAGGUAAAACAUCUGUUCAUUGUGUUAGCUGUACCUUGUGGUUAGCAAUACAAUCACAACAUAAUGUCUGAUUGUGUUAGCUGUACCUCGUGG